GCAGCGGGGGCGGCGGUGCCAGCCGGGCUUUCCGCAGCUGGGUUAAAACCCCGCCGGCCGGCCCCAGGCACGGGGCCUCCCGUCCGACCGAGAAGAAAAGACAGCGUUUUCCCGUCGCCGAGCGCGGGCGGUCAAUCGGCGCCCGGCUCCCGGUUGCCUGGCGGCGUUAGCAGGCGGGAAGCAUGGCGGCGACGGGGGUUACAGCGCGGGCCGAGACUGCUGCGCCGGCUGGAGGAGGUCUGGUAGUCAACUGGUCAGGCCGAGGACUGCAAAAACUGAGUCCAACCUUACCCUGUGAUGCUGAUACUCACACUCUCAUUCUGGAUAAAAAUCAGAUAAUUAAAUUGGAACACUUGGAGAAAUGCAUGAAUCUGAUGCAGCUCUCUGUAGCCAACAAUCGUUUGGUGCGAAUGAUGGGUGUAGCAAAACUGACUAACCUCCGGGUGCUAAACUUGCCUCAUAAUAGUAUUGGGUAUGUGGAAGGGCUGAAGGAUUUGGUGCACCUGGAAUGGCUGAACUUGGCAGGAAACAACCUUAAGACCAUCGAGCAAAUGAAUUCCUGUCUAUCUCUUCAGCAUCUUGAUUUGUCAGACAACAACAUAGCACAAUUAGGUGAUCUCUCCAAGCUUGUGUCGCUGAAGACUUUGUUGCUACAUGGAAAUAUUAUAACUUCACUUCGCACUGCCCCUGUUUGUCUACCUCAGAAUCUGACUGUUUUUUCUUUGGCAGAAAAUGAAAUCAGAGACUUAAAUGAGGUCUGUUUCCUGGCUUCUCUUCGUCAAUUGGAACAGCUGUCAAUUAUGAACAAUCCUUGUGUGAUGGCCACACCUUCUAUCCCUGGCUUUGACUACAGGCCAUAUAUUGUCAGCUGGUGUCUGAACCUUAAAGUUCUUGACGGUUAUGUGAUUUCUCAGAAGGAAAGCUUGAAAGCAGAAUGGUUGUACAGUCAAGGUAAAGGGAGAUCAUAUCGACCUGGGCAGCAUGUUCAGCUAGUCCAAUACUUGGCUACUGUUUGUCCUCUUAUAUCUACAUAUGGUCUCCAGACUGAAGAGGAUGCUAAACUAGAAAAAAUACUGAGUAAGCAAAGGCUCCACCAGAGGCAGCUGAUGCAUCAAAACCAAAAUGAAGGACCACCUACAUCUUCCAUUCCCAGCAAAACACUGCUGGAUACUCCCGAACGCAGCAGUCCAGCCCAGCCACCACAGACAGUUCUUGAAAGUGAUCCUAUCAUCCGGAAGAAUUCUUGGGUUGGGCCAAGUGCAAACGAUGAUCAUUCCUACGCAGUAAAGAACAUUUUUCCUGAAAGGAGUUCUAGCAAGGAGCUAUACCUUGAAGAUAUACAGACAGAUGAAGACAAACUAAACAGUAGCCUUUUAUGCUCAGAGUCUACUUUCAUGCCAGUUGCUGCAGGAUUGUCUCCAGUGUCUCCUACUUCAGACCUGAAGCUACAUGGAAUCAGUUUGGGCCUAGAUGAUGAUGAUACAGUUUUCAAAUGCGUGAGAGAUGUUAGUAGUGGAGAAACAGCUAACAAGCAAGAAGCUUCAUGUGUUGCAAGAGAGCACUCUAGCAGAGCAGUGGGAAGUGUGGAAACUCAGGAGUGUACAAAACAGAGUAUGCCAUUGCCUUCUCCUGAUGGGGUAACAGCUACUCUGGCUGGCAAUACUAGCAACAGUUCAGCAUCCUCUGAAGACAAAGUUGUGCAUAGUCGUCCCACCACCUCAGUAGGUGCUGAAUUGGGAGUUACAACUCUCUGUCCUGACCAGAUGGCAGGUGAAAGGUCUGAUUCAUUAGCUGUUAAUCAAGGUGCAGCUGAACUGGAAAGAAAGACUAAAGCAGCCACCAAACUUCAAGCCUGUUGGAGAGGAUUUUACACAAGGAACUACCAUCCCCGAGCCAAGGAAGUGCGGUAUGAAAUUCGACUGAACAGAAUGCAGGACCACAUCAUUUGCUUAACUGAUGAAAUAGAAAAGCUAAGAAAAGAAAGAGAGGAAGAUAAGAUUCAGAGGCUUGUACAGGAGGAAGCCGUCAGAUUUCUUUGGAGCCAGGUAAAAUCCCUUCAACAAUGGCAGCUUUCAGUGACACAAAAUUCAGGUGCCACUUGGCAACCUGGAAUCCCUUCAGCCAGUACUUUGUGUCCACCUGAAACACCGAUUCGAUCAUCCACACUUGAGCAAGAAACCCCACCAGAUGUCAGUUCUGCUUGGUUAGUGUCAGCUAAUGAUGUGCUUCAUGAAAAGUCUUUGUUGCAGUUCCCAGAUUCGGGUUUUCAUUCUUCCAUGGCUGAUGAGACUUGUGCCAAUGACUUGUGUAGCUCUGAAAAGAGUUUAACAGAAGGAACUGAGAGCUCUCUUUCUUUGGAAACUGUCAAACACUGUGACAAUUCUGUUUCAGCGUAUUCCUCAGAUGUAGAGGAUGACCAUGGAGAAUGUGAGGAGAGUAAAGAAAGCUCUAGUAAUGAGCAGGACAAUGGACUAAUACAACAGUAUUUGCAAUCUGUUCAGCAAUUAGAAGAGGCUGAUGAAGGGACAAAUUGCAAUGAUGAAACAGAGGGUAGCUGGCCACAAACCACAGUUUCAGCAGAAAACCAGGAUGCUUCGUUUGACACUGUCUCUGUAGAUCUUCCUCAAAAUACAUCUUCUCCUGGCCGAGGUGAAAUCAGUCAGGCACCAGAAAGCUGCAAACUGAAUUCAGGAAUAGUAGAAGGAAAGCAGACAGACUGUGAUUCUUCAUUUCAGAUGCUGCAUGUUGGGAUAGCUGUAUAGUAGGUUCAGUUCCAUUAAGGUCUAGGGAUUCCUUUUCACUUUCCUUUCACUUUUUGCCAUUUUUUGCCUUUUUUCCCCCAUUUAUUCAAAACUUAUUUUUAAUAUCUACUUUUUCAGAUUUUGACUCAUGACCAGCUUAUGUUUUAAUUAGCAUCUUAAUGAUGUUGCUGAGGACUGACACUAACUGUGCUAACCUGAAAUCAGCAAAGUUCUCAGUGACAGUCAUUAUGCACUUUAUUUUCAAACAAAAAGCUGACAUCCUAAUAACUGGCUUCCAUUAAAUUAAUUCUGAAGAUUGGGGAUGUUGAGGGGGGAGGGUGUUUGCUGUAAAUUAACUUCAGUGAAUGUAUAUUGGUAAGUCUUUGAAUUUUUUUUGUAAAAAGCAGGUUUGAAUUCUUACUUUACAAAAAGAAGGAAACAAUGUGUGAAGAAAUGAAGUCAAUAUAGGCAGUGUAUGCAGGUAAAGAUAUAGCCUGAGAAAAAUGAAAGCAGUUGCCUUUCAGACUUCUUUUGACUUUAACAAGAGUAGUUUGGUCAAUGUUUUGAAGAUGCAUUCCAUGAAAUCAGUGUCCAAGUCAGUGACUUCUUUUUGUCACUUUCUUGAAGCUGCUGGCUAGGAAUUAGUUCAUUUACAUAAGCACUGAAGCACAGACUUACAGGAUUCAGACCUUAGGGAGCUUCAGACAAACUUUGACCUUGAUUUGCCCUGGAGUUGAAUUUCCCUGCUUUCUCAGGUAAGACUCAAAGUGGAACCACUAGCAGCCUUUAUUAAAUAAUAAUUACAGAAGGGCAUGUAAAGUGCACUGCUGGGUUACAGCAGCAGACUUGGUGAAGUAUCUUUUGACUCCUCAAGGAUGCUAAUGUCAUUGUGGGUUUGAAUCUGCAUGGCUUUCAAGGCGUUAGUGCAUUUGAUGGAUCACGACUACUUUUAUCCACAGGAAUAAAUAUUGAAAGCAAAUGCCAUUACUCUAAAACUAUUUUUUUACAUCUCUGUUGGGUUUUUUGAUUGAUUUUUCUCUGCGUGUCCAGUAUUUGACAUUCUAAUUAGAAGUAGAUAGAAACACUGUAUUUCUUUCCUGUUGGCAAUGCUUUCUCCUUCAAUGCUGAGCAAAGACAGGGCUUGUAUCUUGCCUAGCCAUUGCUCUGUUGUAUUUUUAGUGGAAAAAAUAUCAGGUAUCUUAGAGUACUGUGAAAGUGCCAAGGGAAAUACGUUCUGCCAUGCAGUUUGUGAUGGAUACUAGUAAAAUUCAAGUUGAUGUUGCGUUAGGGGUCAGUGCAGUUUGCUAAUACUGCGUUUUGCAGUCUGGACUGGAAGGCCAGUGUUUUGGUAAUUUGCCAAUAUUAACUUCUCAGAUACAGACAGAUGCACAUUACAAUUCUCUGAAUCCACAGGUUAACUUCUGGUGCUAUGUUGCUUUUAAAAUCAACUCGUGUUUUUUUUAAAGUGACUCUUACGGUCAUGUUACAAUGUAAAAUAAUCUGAUUUUUUGUAAAAGCUUUGAUUGCUUGUCCAUUUUAGGUUCUGAGCUGAAAUUUACCACUACUCGGGAGUUUGGCCUGAAGCCAGUAUCUGCUUGAGGCCUCAAAAUAGCCUUUAUUUAGAACAUAAAUGGUGUAUUGGUCUUGUACCAGCCAUCUGCCCAGUGGUGAAAUUCACCUUGGAAGAACAAAGCUUGCCUCAGUCUAUAAAGUAGCCAUCAUCUGGCUUUCUCCUCCCUGCAAAAAACACGUUCUAGGGCACUAACUUCUCAAGACAGUUGUCACUGUGUCACUGCAGUCAAGCUGACAUAUAUGGCUGUGCCUUGCAUACAUGAGAGCAUUUAAAAAGAAAAAAACAACUACUAAAACAACACCUGAGGUUGGUAGAUCUUUAAUGUGCUAUCUUUCUAGCUCAGUCUAGUUACAACACAUUUGUAGCAUAACCAUAUUCAUUAUUAUUAGUGCUUGGGUAUUGACAGUGUUACAGGUGCAGUAAUGUUAUCACAACAUCUAAUUUACUGUGCUGAGAACUGUGUAGGCUACACAAUCAUACCCUUGUUCUCUGAAGAUUCCCAACUUGGAUUGAAAUCUGCCAUGUUUUGGAGAUCUCUGCAGUUUGGCUUUUUAGCUGUCAAUCUGUUAUGAACAAAAAAGAAUCUCAUACAAACCUUUAAAGAGACUUUAUUUGGGUUUUGAGAGAGAAAUUUGUCUGUGAAACAGCUGUUGGGUGUUAGACUCUGGAGGUGUAAUAAAACAGUGAACUAAUAAAACAGUUAACUAGUGCCUAGGUCAACUGUUGGCUUGUUUUAACAUAUAACCUGUAUAUCCAAAAGUGAUUUUAUGAAGGUACAGGAAAGUGUGUACUGACAUGUAAUCAGCUUUAUCUUACUCUUUUGGGGAAGCUGUGAAAUAUGAACGAUUUUUUUUUUUCAGAUGUUCUGAGAAGUAUCUUGCAUGUGUAGAAGAUGAGUUGCCUAAACAUACAGAAAUCACAAAGAUGAUGAAGUUUUGGAUUAGUUUUUUAAGAGUUAGAUGUAAUUAAUUUGUAUAUACUGACGAUAUUUCCAUCCUGGUCCUUACAAUACAUACAGGAAAAGACACAAUGGGUGACAGAGUGGAAGAAUAAGGAAUUAAACUGGAUGUGCACUUAAAAAUAGGUUCUUGUAGUCCAUUUUGAAUGAUCAAUGAAUUAUGAUAUGGAAAUAUCAUAGUUUAAUGUAUGGCUAAACAUGUACUCUUCUUUGACUGCUUCAGUUUUCUCGAUCUAGGUAUGUAAUACUCUUUUACCUGGAUAGGGAUGCGCAGCUCCUUUUGGAGAUGGUGGAAAUUUCUUAAAGAAUUCAAAAAGCCUAAUAUAUGAAAAUCCACGUCUGAAAUUCUCUAUUAAUAUUGUAUGUCUUGCAGCAUUUUGCUUUUGCAAGGCUUCAUAUUCAACAGAAGAAUGUACUUUGUAGAUGGAAAGCUUGUCUGUUCUACUUUGUCCUGCACUGAUCUUCCAGUGCUGGUAGAAGAGAUUACUGAUAUUUUUUUUUGUCAGGCAACGCUGUCAGCUCUGCAUUGAGUACAGUGUAAGCACUUCCUUAAUUUGCUUCAGAACAUCAGCUAAAUAUAGCUCAGACUAGCUAUUCGAACUGUGCCACAUGACUAGUUUUACCUCAAAUCAGGUGGUUGGCACAUGCAAACCUCUUUCAGCUAAUCUGUGGCAGAAAUGACUCUCUUGCCUGCUUUUCCAAAGUUAGGGAAAAGGGGGAAGGUGGAAAUGAAUUUAUCUGUGUUUUCAGGUUGAGUCUGUGAUAGCAAUCAUAAAAGAGUUGAUGUUACCAUUUCUGUUUUCUUCCAAUUAUUUUUAUAGUUUACAAGUUUCCAUCUUCCAUGUAAUGAAAAAAGGCAUAUUUUUUUUCUGCUAUAUGUAAUAUUUGAUAGAUGUUGUUCCAGAUAGUAUUUAGAAAGGGAGAAGAUAAUGAAAGCAGGUCUGUUCACAUUUUAUGUUUAAAAGUUUAAGGUGUUUGGAUUGUAUUGAUUCCUCUCUGUUAGAUAACUUAUUUACAAAAGGAAAACACAAGGCAGUGCCUCAUCAAUGACAGUAACUGAGCUUCUGUUUCUACCUUCUUCCAUGAACUGAGCUUAAUGGUCACAACUCUGGUUUAGUACCAAAACUGUCAUUUAAAUGAGUGGGAGAUCUAGCUUCUGAAUGAAUGCAGCAACUCCGAUGGUUAGGGUUUAUUUUUUUGUGGUGACUAUUCCAGUGUGAUGCUAUUUUGUAAACAAAGUAUAUGUGGUGAGGAUGGAGUUUUUAAAAGGUACUGAACAUUGGCCUAACUCUGCUUUUCAUUCCUCAAAAUAAGCAGGGUCAUACUUAAGUCAAAUCCUUGUGAAGUGGCUGCCUAAAUUGGGAUUUUAUCAUAUUUAUGUGUCCAGAAGUGUUCUUACACCACAAAGCAACAAGGCAUUCAGACUGCAAAUUUUAUUUUGUUGCUUCUAAAAUACAAAUAUCUUCCAGCAAAUACUUGAGAAAGCCCUUGUUAAAUUAAAUUGCAAAAGCCUAAUCGUUUGCUUAUAGUUGAGUUCCUUAAACGACCAUAGAUUCUACUGUUUGCAUGCAGCAAUUUAGAUAAUGCACUUAGCAACCAGUCUGUAUAUAAAAAUCAAGUUUAGGUUUUUUUCUGAAUAAUAUUGUAUGUCACCGAGUGUGUGAAAUGUUCCUGUUUUUUAUGAAUUUGUAUAUAUUGUUUGAAGCACUCCAAUCUUAUUUUCUACUUGUAGCAGCUUGUUUGAACAAAAAUGGAAGAUACAUUCCUUUGAGACUACCUGGGUACUUUUUACUGGACUUGGAAGUUACCAGUGUGUCUCACACAGAUACGCAUUUUCCUGAGAGGAUAGAAUUCCAGCAUAUAGUGGAGAGAGACUGAGGGAAUGGCAACUGUAAAAACUGGUCAGUUCCCCCGCUUUUAGCUAGUGGAGAAAAUAAUUUUUCCUGUUGUAUUAACUUUUUUUUUUCCUUGAGGACUGUGCCACCCAAAUAAAUAAGCAUUAAGUAUUUAUGAAGUCUUUCAAAAAGUCUUCUUUCAUUUUUUUUUUUUUUUUUCACCCAGUUUGGGUCUCUAGGACAUGUUACUGGAAACCUUUUGUUUUCUAUAUGCCUACCAAAAAUUUGGGAAUUUCUGUCAAUUUUUAAGUGCUUUCUUUAUGUCAUAAUGGAAAAAGCACAGGAUCCUUUACUUGCAAAAGCAUAAAACAGUAUCAGGAAAGGUGCUUUAUCUCUUGGAAAGUGCCAUGCCAAAUGUUACUGUGUAAGACCUCUCAGUAAGAGGCUUCAUUACAUUUAUAAGUAUAUGGGUGAAAUUAACUUGUAGCAUAAUUCUACUGAACUAAAUUUUGUUGAAUCUUUAACAAUAGUAUUCUACCUCUAAACUAGAAUCUGAAAGAAGAACAAUUAGGCAUUGAAUUGUCUUUCUGCUUCUCACUGUUUUCUGUGAAGAAUGGUGGGUGAUUAAAUUGGUACAGUUCAUAUAUUUUCUAUAAGUGUUUACAUUUCUGGAUUUAUUGUUUCUGAAAUAUUUUGUUUGUACCUCUGAGUUUUGACUUUUAAAUAAACGAUUUGUAUGUUUAUUGAAAA